AUGAUCACGCACCAAAGCGCUCCAUUGAGCUGCUGGCCCCUCGAGGUCUACGACUACGAGAAGGAGGCAGUCACAGACGAAGCAGUGGGUGGCAUCGAUCUCCAUGCAGGCGCCUGGAUUCACUGCAAAUGGUGUAACACGACGUUACCAACGACCUCUCAUUCACUGAGUCGCUGGAAGACGCACAAGAAGACGAAGACGCACGUGAAAUGCAAGCAAAAGUCCGUCGAGGGCGAGCUCUUCGUGCAGCCUCAGAUCAUCAGUUGCUCCUCUCAGUCUUCAGUCUCAAGCUCUGUGGACCCUCCACAGCUCCUGUCUGGAAGCCAAUUGCCCCUUUUGGACCAGGACUCGCUCCUGUUUGUGCGCCGGCAUCUCUACAAGAACAAACAGCACCAGUCUCGACACGAACGAGACGUCAGCAAUGUUAUCAACGCAAUGACGAGUUUAGUCACGGAUCAACAGAGUGACUUGACGACGCUGCAAGACAAAAUGCUUGACAUGACACAGCAAAUUCAACAGCUGAAAAAAGAGCUGGAAAUGCUUCGGCGGAAGCGAAGUCAGCAGCAGAAUAACGUGCAAGCACGUCCACCGGAAAUAGACGCAUCGACGCCAUAUGCUGCAUUUCAUCGCACACAAUUUGCAAGUCUCGGACGUCCUGAGAACACUCACAAACAAGGAUCUAGAACCAAGCAGACAAGGCCCAGUAGCAGCAGCAAACGAAGCAAGAGGAUGACGAUGGGUAGCAUGUCGGAUAUGGACGAAUUCGAGAAGCGCUUUCAACUUAAAGAACGCUGGUAA